GGUUGUGCGCGGGGCUGGGAUUGGUGGUGGGUGGUGAGGUUGCUGUUUUGUGGGCGAUGAACGGUGCUGGUGUUGAUGGUGAGGUGGUGGAGAAGCGAGGUAAUUGCUACAGUUCGUUGAGGUCUAGGGGUAAGGUGCGGCCGGUGGGGUGGUUGUUGGUUGGGCGGUGGGGUGGCUGGAGAAGGUGGAAAAAAUGAAGGACGAGUGUUGUGGUGGUGAUGUGGUGGUGCAAUGGUGGUGUGAUUCCCUAGCUUUUUUUUGUAAACAAACAACAUGCUUAAUUUUGAGGGUUUCAUUCCAUUCUCCUUCAUUUCCUUUCUGCAUUCCAUUCCGAUUCCCCUCUGCGAACCAAACGGCCCCUAAGUAUCACUCUCAUCUUCCCAUGACUAAUUUCCUUAACUUGAUUCUUCCCCCCACCCCAUUAUGAGAAUAAAAAACCAUCCAAUAUCACGUCUAUUAAACUAUUUAUUUCAAUGUCUCAAACAAUCGACCCAAAAUAAUAUUGUUUAUCAAUCAUUUAAAUUUUUUAUUUUUUUUUUUAUAGUUUUAGAAUUAAGCUCUCAAUUCCUUUUUUUUUUUUUUAGCAAAUGAAUUCUUUAAGUUUGCCGUUGACGACUUUCCUUCGUCAAUUAAAAUCCAGGAUGUAUCUAUUUUGUUUUUUAUGUUCUAAUUUUGAUAUUAUUCGGUUUUUCAAUUUUUGUAAUUAUCAUUGUAUUUAAGGUGACUAUAUGAGUAUAAAAUUUGUUAUAAUAGGGCCUAAAUUUUGUUUUUAGCACAUGGCCUCUAAAUUUCCAAAGACGAUCUUGCUAGAAUUCUUAUUUUUUUAGGAAUUAUAUGUAAGUGUUACAUACUUACAUUGUUUGACUAUAUAUAUUAAUGACAUUCCUUUUGUUAUUGUAAAAAAAAAAAAAAAAAAAAAAUUACCCGUAAUUAGCCAAUUUACGAUUAAAGUAAUAAUUUUGUUUUAAAAUGUCAUGCAAUUUAAACUUUUUACUCAUACUCUAAAAUAAUGAAUGUUAUUUAGGUUGAAUAUCCCAUCCUAAUCUCAUCCAAAAUACGAGUAAUUUAUUUGCUAUCAAAUUUUUCAUUAUUUUCCAGCUCCGUCAUUCUAGGGAAAGAAAUAAAUACAGUAAAACAGAUGAAUCGUAUUCGUAUACCUUGUUUCAUCGUUAAAACUAGAAAUACCAAAAAACCCAACCCCAACCCUGUUUCCGCCGUAUUUCCGCCGCCGGAAACCCAUCUCUGCCGCCACCCCAUCCUUCUUCCAUUUGUGGGUUAUGCUAAUUUCUGUCAAAAAAAACCACCCAUUUUUUGGUGGGUAUAAUACAUUCUAAUGAAUAGCUUGUUAUCCCAAAUUACUGCUUCUAUUCUACUCAAAUCCACUCGUUCUAUUCUGGGUACUACUUCUUCUACAUUGUGUGGGAGUUGUUUUUCUUCCAAUUUGUCUUGGAAAAGGAGUUCCAAUCACCCACUUGUUAAUUCUAUCUGUUUGAGUUCUUCAUCGUCUGUUUUCGAGAGGUUUGGUGCAAUCCAGUGUUUUUCUUCUAAGAGGAAGUCUCCCACGAAGCGAAAAUCGAAGCUGGAACCGGAACCGGUAGUGGAGAUGGAGAAGGAUGCGUUUUUCGUGGUCCGAAAGGGGGAUGUUGUUGGUGUUUAUAAGAAUUUGAGUGAAUGCCAAGCUCAAGUUAGCUCUUCGAUAUCAGAUCCUCCAGUAAGUGUAUAUAAAGGGUAUUCUUUGCCUAAGGAUGCAGAAGAAUAUCUUGCCUCCCGUGGGCUUCACAAUGCUCUCUAUACCAUCAAAGCUUCUGAUCUGAAAGAUGAUCUCUUUGGCACACUUGUUCCUUGCCCUUUUCAGGAACCAACAUCUUCCAAAGGUGAGACAUCCAGCGCUGAUUUGCCACAGAAGAGGCCUCAUGGCGUGCUAGGAGCUGGAAAUGUGGGGGAUGUUGGAACCUCUACCGAUCCAUUGAGCAAGCUUCAAAAGUUGGAUAGUGUGCCUUCUGAUACUCAAACCUGUAUUCUUCAUUUUGAUGGUGCUUCUAAAGGAAAUCCUGGACAAGCUGGUGCUGGAGCUGUGCUUCGUACUUUAAAUGGAAGCUUGAUUUGUAGAAUACGUCAAGGCUUGGGAACUGCCACCUGUAAUGCAGCUGAAUAUCGAGCUGUUAUUUUAGGAUUAAAGAAAGCUCUUGAGAUGGGUUAUACAAAUAUUCAAGCGCAAGGUGACAGCAAACUUGUCUGCAUGCAGCUUCAGGGUUUAUGGAAAGUCAAGAAUGAAAAUAUGUCUACCUUGCAUGCAGAGGCAAAGCUUCUGAUGAACAAGUUCUCUUCUUUUAAGAUCAGUCAUGUUUUAAGGGAAUUUAACUCUGAUGCAGAUGCACAAGCAAAUUUUGCCGUUAGUCUUGCUGAUGGUCAAGUUCAGGAGGUGAAUAAGAAAUUGCACAUGCUUUUGGGCUGAACAUACUCAAGAAAAAUCAUCAACAUUGUGGCCCUGUGACAUUAAACUUGUAGUUUUACAUGUCUAGCAAGAAUUGACACCAUGAAAGCCACAAAAGUGAGAUACAGUAUGGAGAAACAAAGCCUGAUACUGAAAAGGUAUUUCAGGUAGCAUUAACAAGAUCUCAGUAAUCAGUAUAUACUAUAUACUCUCUGUCCAUUUUUUGUAGGAGGUUUGGAAAAAGUCGUCAUAUGUACUGAAUUACUGACAUGGUGGAUUGGUUGUGGUUGAUUUUACCAUGAUCCUAAGAAUGAAAUAUUUAUAUAGGGUUUUUGAUUUGACAUUGGCA